UCUAAAGCCACAUUUUUGUCGUCAUCAAAAGAAACCAAAAAAAGGACAGAGAUGGGUGGAGAUUGGAUGCAUCCCAAUUUCCACAUCUCCGGUGCUUAGAGCAGACUUCAUUGCCUCCCAAUUUCCAGCAGCAUUUGCAGACCGUUUGAUUGAACCUUAAUCACGAUUAUCAGUUUUUUUCUUUUUAUUUACACGUAUAAUAAUAAUCAUUAGUUUUCUGCCCCCAAAAACCCUUCCCAAGGUUAUAGUCGUCCUCUUCAUUUCUUCUUGUCGCCUCCGCCAUUCUCAUUCCCACCCACACUCUCUCUCAUCAUACUCCCCCAAUUCGAUCUCAAUCCAUGGCGGCCAUGGCCUCCUCUAUUUCACCCAAAUCCUCAAAACUCCUUCUCCCGCCACCACCAACACCUCCACCUGUCUCUCUCCCAAUCCACCUCUCUCUUACCUCUAACCCAAAACCCAGAACCCUAACCUCGAAACUCUCCUCCUCUUUCACUGACCCCUCCAUCACCUUCUUUCAUUCCCUUGCCCGACCCUCCAAAUCCCACUGCAAAAGAUCGUCUUUGGUCACGAUCAAAGCCGCAAAGGGGAAGUACGAGCGCAAGAAGCCCCACGUGAACAUCGGGACCAUCGGUCACGUAGACCACGGCAAGACCACCCUCACUGCUGCCCUCACCAUGGCCCUGGCCUCCAUGGGCAACAGCGCGCCCAAGAAGUACGACGAGAUCGACGCUGCCCCAGAGGAACGCGCCCGCGGCAUCACCAUCAACACCGCCACAGUCGAAUACGAAACUGCCAAUCGACACUACGCCCACGUCGACUGCCCUGGCCACGCCGACUACGUCAAGAACAUGAUCACCGGCGCCGCCCAGAUGGAUGGCGCGAUCCUAGUUGUCUCCGGCGCCGACGGCCCGAUGCCGCAGACUAAGGAGCACGUCCUGCUCGCGAAGCAGGUGGGCGUGCCGAAUAUGGUGGUGUUCCUGAACAAGCAGGAUCAAGUCGACGACGAGGAACUCUUGCAGCUUGUGGAGUUGGAGGUGAGAGAGCUCCUGAGCUCCUACGAGUUCCCGGGCGAUGAUGUACCCAUCGUCUCGGGCUCGGCUCUGCUGGCAUUGGAGGCUCUAAUGGCGAACCCGAAGAUUACCCGAGGCGAGAACCAAUGGGUGGACAAGAUAUACGAACUCAUGGACGCCGUGGACGAUUACAUUCCCAUUCCGCAGAGGCAGACCGACUUGCCGUUCUUGUCAGCAGUGGAGGACGUGUUCUCGAUCACGGGGCGAGGUACGGUGGCCACGGGUCGGAUCGAGAGGGGCACGGUGAAGGUUGGGGAGACAGUGGAAAUUGUUGGGCUUAGAGAGACUCGGACCACGACGGUGACGGGGGUCGAGAUGUUCCAGAAAACUCUAGACGUGGCGCUUGCGGGGGACAAUGUUGGGCUCUUGCUUAGGGGGAUUCAGAAGACCGAUAUCCAGAGAGGGAUGGUGAUUGCGAAGCCCGGGACGAUCACGCCGCACACGAAGUUCCGGGCUCUAGUUUAUGUGUUGAAGAAGGAGGAGGGUGGGAGGCACUCGCCGUUUUUCGCGGGGUACCGGCCUCAGUUUUACAUGAGGACUACGGAUGUGACUGGGAAGGUGACUGAGAUCAUGAACGAUAAGGAUGAGAAGUCAAAGAUGGUUAUGCCGGGAGACCGUAUUAAGAUGGUGGUGGAGCUUAUAAUGCCAGUGGCUUGUGAGCAAGGGAUGAGGUUUGCGAUUAGAGAAGGUGGCAAGACUGUCGGGGCUGGUGUCAUCCAGUCCAUUAUAGAAUGAGCGAGUUGAAUUCAACCUUUUUUUCUUCAUAUUUCAUGUGUCAUAAAUCUUGGUGCGCCGUUGUGCAAAAUAAGCCUUUAACGUGAAGCCUUUUUUAAGAAAUUUUGCAGAAGUUAUGGAUUAGAGACCCUGCUGCAUGAGUUUGCAGCCGUUACACGAUAAAGGCGUUGGGGAUUUGAAGUAGUUUAGUUUAUCAAAUGCAAAUGAGACUACAGAACUGUCUAGCUAGUGGAGGAUCUCUUUCAUGUUAUCAACUUGUAAUUUUUGAUCUUUGGCAUAAAUCGAGCCUUCACUUCUUUAGCUGUUCUGCGUAUUGCCCCGCAUAAGUUUACCCAAUCAAGAAUCAGGUUUCCCGGGUGGAUUUUUUGUUACAUUUAUGUAUUUGUUGGUAUGUAGUUCUAUUUUGGUUUUAAUUUAUGUGUAUGUAAUGUACUUCCCUUUGGGACUGGCCAAGAUAUGUAUAAGUUUGAGAUUAGGCAACA